UUGGUAGUGUUACUCAAAUUGUAUAACGUGUUUACAUUUAAACCAUACGCAAUGAGCGGACAUGGUUACAUGGUAGAGCUGAUGUCUGGAUUGGACUCUGAACUACCCAGAAGGCACCAGUCUUUCCUCACAUGGGUGUGUAAAGGGUAGCUGAAAACGGUGUCGUUGUUAACCAAGUGUUAUACAUAAAGUGAGAGUAGCCACGUUGCAUUCCACAGAAGAGCAUCCCAUGGUUCAAGAAAAGCUACGAGGACUGUUAGAGUUGGACUGUGUACAUCAUAGGGAUCCCCACUUCUCCUGAGGAGACCAUCAACCUGCAGAAUGGCUAUACUUGUUCAUGCACUUGCUUGCGCUUUUGGCCUAGGUUCCUGGUUGGCCAUCAAUGGUUUGUGGGUGGAGCUGCCUAUCAUUGUCACCACCCUUCCCGAGGGCUGGGAGCUGCCCUCUUACCUGACUGUCAUCAUCCAGCUGGCCAACCUGGGGCCCUUGCUGGUUACCCUAAUGCACAAGCUGUGCCCUGGUCGGCUGAAGGAGAGUGUUGUCAUCUACACUAUCUUGUGUAUCGGUGUCUUGGCCUGCUUCUUGCUGGCUUUUUUCUGGGACGUGACAACUGUGGUGGCUGGGGCCCAGCACAGCGCAGCCUUCUUCAUCAUUACUUUCUUCCUGGCACUAGUGGACUGCACCUCCUCAGUCACCUUCCUGCCCUUCAUGAUGCAGCUGCCUGCCCACUACAUCACCACCUACUUCAUUGGGGAGGGCCUCAGUGGCUUCAUCCCAGGCCUUGUUGCCCUGGCGCAGGGGGUAGGCAUUGCUAAGUGUGUGAAUGUCUCUGGGUCGUCUGGUAACCACACUGAGGGCGGGGACACGUAUGUUUUGCAGACCCAGUACCUUCCUCCAAACUUCACUACAGAGGUCUUCUUUUUUUUCUUAGCAGCUAUGAUGUGUAUCAGCCUGGCUGCAUUUUGGAAGCUCAACAGGCUCCCACGGACAUUUGAGGUCUCCACUGAGAACCUUGUUCCAGAUUCAGUGUCAUCUGUCUGCUCUGGCCUGGACAAUCCUGCAGUUAGGACUAAUAGCCAAAAACAUCUCUGUGAGGUGACAAGCCAGGCCAGGCCUCUGCUGACUAAAUCAGGCCACUCCAUGUUCCAGCUGACCUUCAUCUACCUUAUGGUGGUGUGGGUGAAUGGAACUACCAAUGGUUUACUACCCUCUGUUCAGACUUAUUCCUGUAUGCCCUAUGGGAACCUGGCCUAUCACCUCUCUGCUGCUCUGGCAUCUGUGGCCAAUCCAGUGGCCUGUAUUGUUGCCAUGUUCUUUCCUAAAAGGUCGCUGGUCUUCCUGGGCCUGUUGUGUGUCAUGGGGACUGGCUUUGCAAGUUACAACAUGGCUAUGGCUGCCAUGAGUCCAUGCCCUCUUCUUCAAAAAUCUGCACUGGGAGAGGCUAUCAUUGUAAUGGUGGGGGUCAUCCUGAGAGAUGAGAGCCACAGUGCCCUGGUAUGGUGUGGAGCUGCGGCGCAGAUUGGAUCUCUGAUUGGAUCAGUCAUCAUGUUUCCAUUGAUCAACGUGUACAACUUGUUUCAGUCAGGAGACACAUGCAGUACUAAAUGUCCUUUAUGACUGACUCUGAGAACCAGUAUUAUUUUGUCAUGGAGGGCUACUUUUGGCAAAUGGAACAAUAAUAGUUAUUUUCCUCACUUUUAAGGAAAUGUUUUACUUAUGCUUUGAAGUAAUACUUUGCAGUGCUUUACUUAAAUUAGAUAAAUUGGCAACUUAUAACAGUCAAACUGUUGGUUAAGACAUCUAAUAUGAAUGUGUAAUGAGACAAAACACAACACAUUACAGCUUAGUUGAUAUAUCUUACUUAUUUAGGAGGAUAGGAGGAAUUCAUUUGUACUUGUAAUUCUUUUACAUUUUUAACUUGGUUUUGCACUGUUUUAACACUAGAUGGCGCAGUUGGUCCUUCAUAUUUUAUUACUUUCACGUGAUGAUUCUCCUGACACCCAGCAAAUCCUGAAACAAGCAAACAAAAGACGUCUAUGUGAAUGUCUUAUGACUGUAUUUAUAUAUAACUGUAUCUCACGUUUUGUGCUAGUGUCAAGCUUUUAUAAAAUAUUAUGAUAUUUAUGACGUAGGCCGGUAAUUAUUGCUGCUGGUUGCUUACGUUUUUUGUGAGCUCACAAAUAAUCAAAUCAAAAUAAACACAUGAUUAAGGUAAAUAUGUCACUCCAAGAAUUAGUUCCAAUGUGUAGAGGAUGGGGUGUAGGAGAAGCACGUGUGCAUCUGUCUGUGGGCUUAUCAGUAGUGAUGGCUCAUCAUGUCCAUCCAGCGUGUGUGAGAAUCAGACUACUAUCCUAUGUCUGGUUCCAGCUGGUCAGACGGAUGCUGCAUCCUUAGAGGAGGAAGCUGGACAUUCAUGGGAACCAGAGAGAGAUUUCCCAUUAGCAGCUGUUCUCCUCUCUGUCCCCAUCUCCCUUAGACGGGGGCAAAGAGCAGCAUGGGGGCCUUCAGGGAGGAAGAGGGGGUUGUCUGUAAUAGGGGGGAGGGGUGUCGGCUGUUGCCCCUGUUGUUGGUCACUUGGGAGCCUUGCUGACCCCGACACUGAGUAAAAACAAAAAAAAGCAAGAGGGUGUAAUUACCCUCACGUAGCCUCCGGGGCUGAGGAUCAGCUAAGGACAAGCACAGAUGCGACUUUCUCACUUUUGUCGAGAUUUUGAUAUCACUUCAUUGUUGCACUAUAAAUUACACAUUAGAAACAAUUGGAUGUUUCAGGAUAGCCAAACAAUGGUGUUGCAUUGUCUUAGUGUGCUGAGAUGUGGUAACAUUUUUGUAUCUAUUCUAAAUGUAACAUAUGCAAAUCUGGUCCCUUUGUCCUUUUUUGUACUGCGACCAGCUAAUGAGCUUCAGACUAUUACCUGCAUGCUAAUGUUGCUAUGCCUAGUUUCAUCAUGACCUUGAAUAUUUGAGUGACUGCAAUCAAAAGGUUUUCUAGAAGCUUCAUUAGCUAAAUUAUUUGAUUGGCACUGGGCUUUUGUGUUGAUGCAUUGACAAACAAAGCAGCAAAGAAAAUUGUAUCAUUUUUCCUUCGAGUAUCAGAUGGUCCCAUCGCUCCUCCAGCUGGUCAGGAGGGGCCGUGGCCACCUGGAUGCUGACUCCUGAUCCUGUGAGAUCCUGCAGUCUCCUCUGCCAUGUGAGGAUUCCACUUACUACGCCACUGAGAGCUCCAUCUGCUCAGGACGACACCUCCUAGUGGGCCCCCCUCCAUCCAUCCAGCCCCGGCGCAUCCUAUCCUACCCCAGCCCCAGUCUCAUCUGCAGCCAGCCACUCUGCCUUUCAGCUAAAUGAGCAGUGUGUCAAAUGGAAGGAGGAUUUACCCUCUCCUUAACUGGAUAAGAUAAUGAACUCAGAGAAGCGUGAUGCAAUGCUACUUUCUCUCCACUCCACAGACCCUGUAGCAUGUCUGCUGAAUCGACAGAUAAGUCACCUGGGCCUGACACAGCAGGAUCCCUUUGGUAAAGUUGUGAAGCUAUAUAGAAUGUCAAACAAGGUUCACACAACUGUGUCAUGGAGACUAUCACACAACCUUAAUAUACGUCUCACCUGUUUGAAGAACUGGUCCGUUACACAGGAAGGGGAACUGAAGAUGCAGGUUUUUUAAAUGUUUGACCAAAAAAACAGAAAAUAAAUUUGCUUGUGCAAACCCUGAGGGAGACAGCUUUUGGAAGCUGAUUUCCAGGUGAACAGCUUGUGGGGGAAACCAUUUGCUGAUGCAUGCAGACAAUUUAGUGACAUGCACACAGACACAAGACAAUUUUCAUACAGAUCUCCAGAGCCCUUUCCUAUCAAUUUCCACACAACCCCAUUUAAUAACACUGUCUAUUAAAUCAGAUUGAAUGUGACAGCCUUCUGUC